AUGCCCAAGAGAUCACUUGACGUCGCAAACAUGGGUGGCCCCAACACAAAGCCUGCCCCCGCGCGAAAGACUGAGCGAUCCCACGAGGAGAACCAGGAACGAGCAUACAUCGCAGCCUCAAGGCGAGCCGACAGAAGCAUUGAAGCCCGUGUCCAGUCUGCUAAGAUGGCCAGUGAGAUCCACAAGAAGAGAACAGGAAAGGCCUUCCGCAUCACUGAGGAGAUCGUAAUGAAGGAGGAGAUGUACGAGGAGGAAGACGACGACUUCCCUCGUUCCUACCGACUUCUCAAAUCCAACAUGCAAACAGACAAUGCUAUUCUCAACGCGAGAGUCGACGCCUACCUUACCAAUCGUGUUGCCAUGUCACAGCUUUUAUCGGCCACCGAAGCAGACUGGAGGAAUAACGAGAUCAACUCAACUUUCGCUCAAUUCUUCCCACAGGCCCAGCGCCAAGCCCAGUCAAUGUCCCAUAGAUGGUCGACACCAGGUUACUCAGCACCCCAGACUCAAAAUAACCACGCUACGAGCCCGAUGGAACAGCAGCCUUUCGACCCCAACUUCCAGCCCGUCAACUAUGAACAGCAGAUCAACAGACACGACGAGCGAAACCAUUCCAUCGCCGGCUUGUCUCCUGCCGAGUCAAGAAGCGACGCUGCCAUGUCACCAACCGUGUUCACUCCCACUUCAGCAUCUCAUCCCGAUACUCCCCGGUCCCGCUGUACCUCCAUUUUUGGAAACCCUCAGCCAUCGAACAUGAUGGAGAAUUUCAACCCUGGCGAUUCCGCAUUUACUUCAGAGCUACCAGCCGAGGCCAAGAUGUUGAUGGGUGGCAUGGAUUUAAGCGGAAGCUUUAACACUCCUUACUACGGCGAAUGGACACCUCAUCAGACUUUUUCCUAUGACAAUGAUACCAAGUUCUUCAAGGAAAAGGAAGAUGAAAACAACCAGCUUCCUGGCGGCGAGACUUACCCUGAUGUACCCGACACGAUGAAUUGGGGUAAUGGUGACUUCAAUACGCCAACUAAGAACUAUGCCGAGGAGCCUUCCUGGGAUUCCUUCAUCGAUGACAAUGCUUGGGUUAACUCCGAGCCGCAAUAA